GUGGUCUGGCAGGUGGUCCGGGCGGAGCUGCCUGGGGCGGGAGGCACUGUCUGUCAUGAACCCGCCGGGACCCCUGGGGGUCCUGGAGGAGAAGGAGGAGGAACACUUGUCCACCCCGAUUCUCGGGCCGUCCAUACAUUCUGACAACCCUCAGGAGCGGAUCCAGGCCCGGCGCCUCCGCAUCGCGGCGCGCCUGGAAGCCCGCAGGCGGGAAGCACUUGGAGAAUAUUUAGAUGGGAAGAAAGAGAGUGAGGAAGAUCAAAGCAAGAGCUACAAGCAGAAAGAAGAAAGCAGACUGAAAUUGGCUAAACUGCUGCUCUGUGGCACUGAGUUGGUGACAAAUAUCCAGGUGGCUACAGAUAUCCGAGAGAUCCACAGGAGAGUGGAAGAACAGGAGAUCAAGCGUCAGAGACUUGAAAAGCUGGAGAAUGAAGUCAAGACAAGCCAAGACAAAUUUGAUGAAAUCACCGCAAAGUGGGAGGAAGGCAAACAGAAGAGAAUUCCCCAGGACUUGUGGGACAUGCUCAACACCCAGCAGAUGCACUGCGCAGGGCUGAUAGAGGACAAGAACAAGCUUAUCAGCGAGUUACAGCAGGAGUUGAAAAUAAAAGAUGACCAGUAUGUGAAGGAUUUGAAGAAACAGUCAGAUGACAUCUGCCUGCUUCUAGAGCGAAUGGAAGAACAAGUGAAGCACGUCAUGAAAACCUUCCGUCAGGAGCUCAACUACAUUGAGAAAGCAUUUGAGGUAGAACGACGGGAACUGCUGACCAGUAAUAAGAAGAAAUGGGAGCAGGCCCUGCAGGCUCACAAUGCCAAAGAGCUGGAGUAUCUUAUGAACCGCAUCAAGAAAGUAGAGGACUAUGAGAAGCAGCUGAACAGGCAGAGGAUAUGGGACUGGGAAGAGUACAACAUGAUCAAGAUCAAACUGGAGCAGGAUGUGCAGGUUCUUGAGCAACAGCUUCAGCAGAUGAAAGCAACUUAUCAGCUAAACCAAGAGAAGUUGGAGUACAACUUCCAGGUGCUGAAGAAGAGGGACGAAGAGAGCACAGUGAUCAAAUCCCAGCAGAAGAGGAAGAUCAAUCGCCUGCAUGAUACCCUCAACAAUCUGAGAUCAAAAUACGCCAAACAGAUCAAGCAGUUUCAGGAGGAGAACCAGUCGCUGACCUCCGACUACAAACGCCUUGUGACGCAAUUCAAGGAGCUACAGAAAUCCAUGCGGCAUUUUGCUCUUAUUGAUGACAAGCAGUUUCGGGAGAUUUGGCUGAUGAAUGAAGAGGAGGCAAAGGAUCUGAUAAGCAGAGCCUUUGAUGUAGACAGGAUCAUUCAUACCCAUCAUCUGGGGCUCCCCUGGACGGCACCUGAUUUCUGGUUCCUGAGGAAUGUGGGACCUAUAUCUCAGCAGCCGCAGAAGUCUGCCACACAGAUAUUAGAAGAGGUGCUGAUGCAAGCAGAAGAGGAGGAGACCGAGGAGGCCGCCUCGGAAGCAGAGUCUUACCUCGACCUGCCGAAGCAAAUUUCCCCCAAAACUACCAGAAAGAUCCUGAUGCUCCUGUGUGACGAGUCGGGUUUCCUCAUAGAGAGCAAGCUGCUGAGCCUUCUCCUUCCCCUGGAGAAGAACGAAUGCUAUCUGCUGAGGUUGGACGCCAUUUUCUCAGCCCUUGGAAUUGAAAGUGAGGACGACUUGUAUAAACUGGUGAAUUUCUUCCUCAAAUACCGAGUUUAUCAUUCACCCUCCAGUCAGGAGCAAACAAGCCUGUUGUCAGCGCUGGAGCCAGGAAAGCAGCCAGACCUCGAGGGACAGAAAGAGGAAAGCCUCGUGGAAGGGGAGCCGGAAGAGAAGGAGGCCCCCCCUUCUUCCAGGCUCAUCCAUCCCAACGAUGUCCUCAAGAUUCUGGAGGCCUUUGUCAUGGGUCUAAAGAAACCCAGGGACUCUUGGGCACCAGUGAAGUUGAAGUAUGUGCGGGAUAACUCAAAGGACUCUGAGUAUUGGGAGGCCCUGACCACGGUUAUCCCUGACACCACGCAAAACCUCUGGGACGCUCUGUACACAGCCCUGGAGAAAUACCACCUCAUCCUGACCCAGAGGGCCAAGCUGCUGAUAGAAAACAACUCACUGGAGCAGCAGAACACAGAGCUCCAGAUGCUGCUUCAAAAGUAUCUAGAUUCCAAGAUAAACUCUGAACUGCAAGUUCCACCAACUCGGGUGUUCCGGGCACCCACAAAAUAGAGCUGGGCCUCGGAAGGCUGCCGUGUUAAGGUGCGUGCUGGUGCUGGUGAUGGCACGUUUCACCCGGGCACCUGCCUGGGGCCACUCUGGACUUUCCAGAGCUGCUGUGAUAGGGCCUGUCAAAAGAAGGCCGAGCGGUUACCUGUAUCCUGCCGUCAUGAUUAAAGUCUUUAAAAAGUUG